UGCGGGAAGGGCGGCGAUAAAUAGAGACGGCGCGAGUGAACGUGCGGCGGAGUGGCGGCGAGGUUCACGUCAUAUUUUGCGACGCGGCGGUUCCGCGAUCGAGCCACGUCAGGUGCACGCGAGAGACGACAACGUCGGGAAGAACGCCGGGGAACAACCAGAGGAGAGGCCUGUUCAUAACAAAUAUGUGAGCGCGUUAUGCGAGCUGCUGCCUCUGUGGAACGAGAGAGCGAGUGAGAAAGAGAGAGAGAGGGGAGAGAGAGAGAAGGAAAAAGAAAGAAAGAGAGAGAGAAAGGACGUCGGUUAGCCAGCGUUUGGUCCGGUGUUUCCAUUUCCACGACUUUUAAUCAGCGUCUCGGCCGGACGAACAGACGAGUGGACGACGAGCUGUCAGACGUAUAGACGGGGAGCGAGAGGGCGAGAGAGAGAGAGAAUCAGUAGCAGUGAAAGAUGUCAUUCGAGGGGAAGUACAACGCCAAAAGCCCGGCGGUGAAGCGAUUGAUGAGAGAGGCGCAGGAACUGUGCGACGCCACCGAAGAAUACUGCGCGUAUCCCCUGGACGAUAACUUGUUCGAAUGGCACUUCACGGUACAAGGACCGCCGUCCACGGACUUCGAGGGCGGCGUUUAUCACGGGAGAAUCCUGCUACCGCCGGAGUAUCCUAUGAAGCCGCCGAAUAUCAUCCUGUUGACGCCGAAUGGACGUUUCGAGACCAACAAGAAAAUCUGCCUCAGCAUUUCCGGCCAUCAUCCCGAGACGUGGCAGCCAUCCUGGAGCAUCAGAACGGCGUUGUUAGCUUUGAUCGCCUUCAUGCCCACGCCAGGAAGCGGCACUAUAGGAGCGUUAGACUACAGCACCGAAGAACGACAAAAGCUUGCUAAAAAAUCACUGAACUGGCAGUGUGAGACGUGCGGGUGCAAAGUUGUGAACUUGUUGUCCACGAACUCCGUCAAGAAGCCCAUCACCGAGGAAGAACAGACCAUGUUGAAAACCAUCGCUCUGAAGGCGGAUGACUCACCCACAUCGGACACAUUAUUUACGGACAGUAAUGCGGAGAGUGUGUCCGAGAGCGAGAUACGACAUCGUAAUGUGGAAACAAACUCGUCGGAGAACGUAGAUCGCCAGCAGUCUGAUAUUAUCAUAGUUCCCUUAGAAACGAUGUCUUCUUCGAAUGAUUUAUUUUGGAGUAUUCUCAUUGCAAGUUUAGUAUCGGCGAUAAUCAUUCUGAUACUACGACGACUGUUCCUUGUUUAAUUUAUUCGUAUGUAUGUGUAUAUAUAUAUAUAUAUAUAUAUAUAUAUAUGUACUGCGCAUGUAUAUACAUACUAAUAUAUUACAUACCAUACGCGAACGUGGAGUUUAAAACGAGGUAAAUUUUAUACAUGUUUUGUGGAUAUCGUUUUUACGCUUACGGAAAAAAACAAUCGAAUUCAGUCGUAUUUCAAAAACGAUGCACGUAUAUGUAAUAUAUUGCAGACUAUCUGGUUUUCAUGAAAAUGUAAUACGCGACGAAAGUAAAUAAGUAUAAAUAUAUGGUAGUAUAUAUCCACCUUGUUCCUAUAAACUGCACCGGUAUCUGUCUCGUAGAUCCUUGAACUUUGUUUAACUACUAACGGGAAAUUAAGUGAAUAAACUCUUUCGUUUAGUCAAUAUGCUAAUUUACUAUAUUUAUAAUUAUGUACGCAUAUAUUAUAUGUAUUAUACGUAUAUAUAUUGUGUGUGUGUAAUAUAUAUAUAUAUAUAUAUAUAUAUACAUGCGUAUAUAUAUGUAUAAUUUACUAUGUGUAUGUUAAACUAGUCGCUUGCUUUUCUUAAUGAUGUAUUAGUGCCGAGAUUGAAAUGUAAGCAGAAAAAUUAUGCACAUUAUUUUACUCGAUAUUAAAUGAUGAAAUGGAAAUUUUAACAACGCAUAUAGUUAAGCAAAAGUUCAUAAUAUAAAGUUUAGUCAUUUUUAUAAUAAUUAUUUUUAAAGAUACUCUCUGAGCUGCCUACUAAAUAAUUGCUUUAUUAUUUCCCCUCGGUAAGUUACAUUGUGCGAUAUAUUAAAACUGACACCGUUUCCUAACGAACACAUACGACUAAAUUUGUAACUUUCGUACACUUUACACACGUGUAUAGCCACUGUAACAAAACUCGAUGUAUAAUAUAGUCGAUAGAGGGAGAAAAUUUUAGGGCAGGACUUAGACUAUAAAUUCAAUUUUUGUAUAUACAUAGAAAUAUAAUAAAGUAACUAUUUAUUAAAGCAUAUAUAAACAUAUUACCUCUUAACACUUAUUACAGUCCAAAUAUAAUGACGUUCUUCAAUUCCACAUUCAUUCGCGCGUUUACAAUUCAUCGAUCUACAAUCUUGUUUAAAUUGAUAUGACACAUCUCUUCGGGAGGUGCUUACAUUUCUAACAUUCGAAUAUAAAACAACAUGAAACAUAUUUCUCGAACGUAUGUGUGUGUAUGUGUGUGUGUAUAAGUCACGUUUAGGUCGUGUACAGCGAUGUAACGGAAAUCUAUUAAAAUGCGUUAUAUAAAAUGUAGGUAACGUAUUCGCAGCUAUAGAAAAUCUCGUAAUUGUUAUUAUUAUCUACGUUUAAGGCAUCCUACGCUUAUCAUUUAUAUCGUAACUGUUUCAGAUAAUUUCGUGUGCACUCCACUACGGUAAAGUAAUCCCCUGCUAUUUAAAACAGUUUGUACAUUCGCUAUUUUUCGUCUUUUUUUUUUUAAUUAUUUGAUCUCUCACUUUGUGCACUUCAAAACCCGGUUUAUAUCCUUCAGACUGAUCUAAUGUCACUCUUAAAAUAUCUCCGAAAUUACGUAAGAAAAUAAUACAAGAGGGACAGAAUGCGCUGGCAGAAUUACUAUAAACGUCCGGACAGCACGGUGUCCAAAAUCGGGACAUAAGACGUCUUUUAGACGUCUUAGAAACAUCUUAAAGACGUCUGAGAGACGCCCGAUUUUGAACAUUGCGCUAUCUGGGCGUUUACAAAGUAUAUACCACGACCGCACAUAAUCUCACUCUUUCCAAAACGAGUUAUUGUCGAACGGAAGCUGCGUGUAAGCGAAAUUAAAAACACCGACGUUGCCCGAGUCCACAGUAAAGUUCACUUAAACGCGUAAUGCGGUACUAUUCAAGCGAGCCGAACAUUGAAAUUUCAGGAAACCGGAAAUAUAUAUAUAUCUUUCAUUUAAAUAUACAGAUUUCCCGCAAAUUUGCCGUCCAAAAACCUCGCAAAUUCGUACAGAGCGUUUGGCAUAGGAAUUCGUUUCGUAUUAAAGAUUAUUACAAAGUACGUUGGAACAUAGGUAUUCGUUCGAUCUCCGUACUCGGUAUUCCAAGUUGUACAGCAUACAUACAUUUUGUUCGAAACGAUCUAAAACGUGUCGUGUGUCAUAUUGUUUCAAGAAUCGCGUGAUAUAUCGAGACGACACGGUGUACCUUCGUUCCUCUCAAAAGCA